AUGCAUUCUGCCGUGAUGCUUCUGGGUGUCCUGUUUGGCUUGCUAGCCCAGGCGAGCACGCUGCCUGUUAAGAACUCCACUGGUGUAUAUGAGGGGAAGAUGAGGUUGAAAAGGAAAUACUCAGAUGAAAUCCGAGACCAUGAGGAACUUACUGCAAUGGACCAAAUCCUGGCAGUCAAUAGCAAGAUGCGAGCACCCAGAGGACUGUCAUUCAGAGAGGGAGACAUCGCCACUUCAUUCGUACGGAGCGCCAUAAACUGCCCCGGCAAUGCCUGUCUGUGGCCUAAAGCGGUGGAUGGAUUUGUUUAUGUGCCAUAUAUCAUGUCUCCAUUAUACGAUGACAUGGACAGGAUCACCAUAGAAACUGGAAUGGAGGACAUUUCCUCUGGAACGUGCGUUAAAUUCGUUCCGCGCACUCAUGAAGCCAGCUUCCUUGAUAUCCAGCCUAGAUACGGCUGCUGGUCCUUCCUGGGCCAGACUGGAGGAAGCCAGACCCUGUCGCUGCAGACUCCUGGGUGCAUGUGGUCAGGAGUGGCCGCCCACGAGCUCAUGCACGCCCUGGGCUUUGUGCACGAGCAGUCCCGCUCAGACCGAGACCACUAUGUCACGAUUGUGUGGAAGAACAUCAUGGCAGACCACAUGCAUAACUUCAGGAAACAGCUGACAAACAAUCUGAACAGCCCGUAUGACUACAGCUCGGUCAUGCAUUAUGGACGAUACGCCUUCUCUGAAGAUGGUGGACCAACUAUAAUCCCCAAACCCGAUCCUUACAUUCCCAUUGGCCAGAGAGAUGGACCCAGUGCUCUUGAUCUUCAUAAAAUAAACGUCCUGUAUAACUGUGGUACCAACGAGUAA